GGGGAUAUCGCACAAUACGCUUGGAUCUUUUCCUUCUCAACUUUUAGUAUUUGAUAUUUUGAGAUUUUCAUAAAUAUCUUUUUUCUUUUCAAUUUUCUUUAUAAAACUACUUUUAUUUAAGAGAAACCGUCCAAUGAAAAAUAAUUUUUAUUGCAAAGCUGCUUGAUAUACAAUGUUGCUGGUUUUCGCAUCAGGAGCAAAAACAUAUAAAUUUUUUCCAGUUCCGACUCUUGAACACGCCACGUAAAGCUGGCCAUGGGAAAAGCAAGGAGUCUCUAGAUUAAUACCAGCAAUCUUAAGUGAUUGUCCUUGAGCCUUAUUGAUGGACAUCGCGAAGGCAAGACGUACUGGAAACUGAAGCAGCUGACGGUUUUCUUUGGAGACUACUAUUUGAACCACAGAUUCUUGUUGCUAAGAAGGAAGAAAAAGCUGAAACAGAAGAUUUUCUAUAUGAUGCUACGGUGAGUUAUCAGCAUGAUGCUAAACAGCUGUGCAAUCAGAUCUAUGAACGUUUAACGCUGCCUCCUCAUAACUUCAAAGUUUGGUUAGACAAGAAAAUGAUGUACGGCUCGACGAGAGAACGAAUGUCUGAAAGCGUUGAACGUUCGCAGUUUUUGAUUAUAUUCGUGUCCGAUAAGUAUUACAAAAGACAAUCUUGUCAAGUAGAAGCAACCUACGCUCAUGAAACCAAACGACUUUUGAUACCAUUAAAAAUUGAUAAAGAUUAUGAGCCGAAAGGAUGGCUCGCAUUUAUUGUCGCUGCCUAUAAUCGUGUUAAUUUUAGUGGCAAACUACCUUUUGAUGAGGCAUUUACUGAGCUCGUUGAACAGAUCUAUCGUCAUCGCCAGCAAUCACGUACGCCAACACCACCGCUAGUGCCACCACCACCAGCCUCGACUCGAGCCACUCAUUUUUCGGAGCAUAUGUUCAGUAGAUGUCGUUUUUCUUCAUCACAACAAAAUCACAGUUAG